AUGGCUGAUGCGAUGGUCGUCACGCAGCCUCAGCCUGUGAUGUAUGUUCAAGGGUCGGAUGAAUGGUCAUCUGGGUUAUUUGACUUCUGUGAAAAUGUGCCAGAGUGCCUUUUUGCUUACUUUUGCUUACCCUGCUUCGCCUGUAAAACUUCGAGAGACUACGGGGAAAAUCUCUGUCUCCCUCUGGCCGACUGGGUGAGCGGCAUGAUCCCACCGGCCACCAUGUCCAUGAGGGUCUCCAUGCGACACCGCUAUGGCAUCAGCGGCACCAUGUGUAAUGAUUGUGUGCUUUCGACAUUCUGUAUGUCCUGUGUCUGGUGUCAGAUGUCCAGAGAGAUGAAGAAACGAGCGCUCCCAGUCGUUAUGGUUGCUACUAAAAACGUGUAA